AUGACGAAAAGAGGGAAAAGGCUCGGUAGUUUGCACAAUGGCAAUACAAUUACGGUGCUCUUUGUCCUUAAUAACAGAUAUACAGCAUUUCCAGGCAAUCCAAUGACCGGCCCUUUGACAUGGUGUGUAUAUCGGACAAAUUGGCUAUUGCUGGAGACAUCGAGAGUUUUUGUAGGAAUGCUCUUUGACCCUUGUAGAGAUAUUGUUCUAGUCACUGGCGGCUCGUCAGGCUUGGGGAAGGAGCUUGCCAGUGCAUUUCGCCAGAAGGGAGCAACAGUUGUUGUCUUUGACAUUAACCUCCCUGGAAAGGACAACCAAAACUAUGUGGAAGGUGUACACUACUACUAUUGCGACGUGUCCAAUCCAGAUAUGGUAAAGGAGAGGGGGAACGAGGUACGAAUGGAGGUCGGACAAGUGACGGUCCUUAUUAACAAUGCUGGGAUAACAACAGGAAACACCCUCUUGAACUUAAGUUUCGAUGAAAUAGAAACGACACUGGCAGUCAAUCUCUUGUCGAGUUUUUACACAAUUAAAACAUUUUUGCCCGGCAUGCUAGAUAAGAGAAGAGGUUAUAUUGUUACCAUAGCCUCCACUUUAGGUUACAUGUCUCCAGCGAGAUUGAGUGUCUAUGGUGCCUCAAAAUCGGGAUUGAUUACCUUGCAUGAGAGCUUGAAUUACGAGCUUGGUCCGCCAACGUUCAAUACAUGCGGCGUCAAAACUCUACUAGUAUGUCCGGGUCAAUUGAAAACAUACCUGUUUGGAGGUGUUCGGACGCCGUCUACCUUGUUUGCACCUGAAUUGGAUCCAAGGUAUGUCGCAAAUCACGUGAUACGGGCUGUCAGUUACGGUUGUAGGGGUGAGGUUAAGCUUCCUUUCUACGGUAAUGUAUUGCCUAUAUUCAGAUCUAUUCCGUGGCCUGCUGUUGCUAUUUUGAGGUACAUUUCCGGUAUUAAUAACACUAUGAAGAAAUUUGUCCAGAAGGCCAGGGAGACAACGAACAUGUCGACUUCGUUUAUGGCAGAAAAGGCAUCCAUGUUCUCUAGAAUGUUUCCGUUCAGUGGAGCAACACAAGAGUCUAUGUCAGAAACCCCCCAACCAUUGGGUGGGAGAGACCACCAACUCAAAACAAGUUAG